CCCCAUACAGCUUUAAAAAAUAAUAAAUACCAGCUUCUUCAUCACUCCCCCAAUGAGCUCUCCAUCCGCGUGGCCAAUGUGACUCCGCACGACGAAGGCAUGUACACGUGUUUACAUUACAGCCGCUCCGUGAGGACAACAAAGGCGGUGAAAGUGGUGGUGCUGGCAACUCCUCUCAAGUCAACCCUGGAAGCCUCCAUUAUCAGAAUGCAAAACAGGGAAGAGCAGGUGGUACUGACGUGCUCCACGGUGAGGAGCAGGCCCCCCCCACAGAUAACCUGGCAGCUGGGGAACCACACGGAGCUCCCAGAUUUGGUUACUGGUCAAGAGGCGGCCUCAGAUGCCCCGGGGAAAAGCUCUCCGUCCUCACAAGACGCCCCGCAGGCCGCUAGCACUGUUGCAGCGAUGGAAGGUUUUAGUACAUCAGCGACGGACAAAGAAGAGGAAGAACAAACCACUCAAGACCCCGACUUGACCACUGGUGCACAUCCUCAGUAUGACGGGUUGGUGAGGAGGAAAAGCGGCAUACUGCUGCUCACGCUCGUGUCCUUCCUCAUUUUCAUUCUCUUCAUCAUCGUCCAGCUUUUCCUAAUGAAGCUUCGGAAAGCACAUGUGAUCUGGAAGAAAGAAAGUGAAAUUUCAGAAUACACUCUAGAAAGUUACAAAUCGAGGUCAAAUCAUGAAGAAACAUCAUCCCAGGAGAAAUAUGGCCAAACGCCCCGUCCUAAGCGCUGCAUGGACUACAUCACACAGCUGUGCUCAGAAGCGAAAACAAAAGGGAAGGAGCACACGCAGCAGGCGAAGUUAAAGAGAGGACACACGCGUGUGCCAGAGAGCGUCGUGUAG